AGAUCUAUAGCAACCUGAAGCAGCAAGAGACAGACAGAAAGAAAGACAGCUGACAUUGGUGGAGGACAUGGAGAGAUAUUUGAUCCUGUGCUGCCUACUUGCCGGCAUUCUCUCUGAUGAGCCUGUGAUCAGGGUGACUGGAUAUGUGGGUGAAUCAGCAGAGAUCAGAUGCCCUUAUGAUGGAGAAUUCGAGACCAACUCCAAGUACUUUUGUAGAGGAAAGUGUUCCCGUACUGUUUUCAUUGACACAAAAGACAUUCGUGUUAAGACUAAAAAAGCUCAGACCACAGCAGUCAAUGGAAGAUUCCAUCUCCAUGACGACACUGCUUCUAGAAUCUUCACCGUCACCAUCACUGGACUAACUGCAAAGGAUUCUGGGAAAUAUUGGUGCGGAGUGAAAACGGGAAAAGAAAGAAUGGAUGUGUACACUGAAGUGGAGUUGACUGUGGCAGACUCCCCAUCCACAGUGCCAACCUCACAUGACAACCACACACUUCCAUGUUCUCCUCCCACAUUGAACCCCAUCUCCUCUGCUCCUGUCCCGGGCAGCCCGACUGAAUUGAUUUCUCCAGAUACAUCUGAAGUCACUCCGAGGUCCUCUGCUGCUGUCCUGGACUACCCCACUGCUGUUUAUUAUGCAGAGUCAGUGAUCAGAGUGAGUGGACGUGUAGGUGGAUCAGCAGAGAUCAGAUGCCCCUACGAUGCUGGAUAUGAGACCAACUCCAAGUACCUCUGUAGAAGAGACUGUAGCUUUGGAUCAAAAAAUAAACUUGUGCAGACCUCUCAUGCAACUAGUGGAAGAUUCCAUCUCCAUGACAACACCUCUUCUAGAAUCUUCACCGUCACCAUCACUGGACUGACUGCUGGGGAUGCUGAGAAGUACUGGUGUGGGAUUAAAACUGGAUUUGGAGUGAAAGAUGUCUACACUGAAGUGGAGUUAACUGUUAAUGCUACAACUCCCUUCCCGACUUCGCAUGAGAGCUCCAUUCCUUCAUCAUUUCCCCCCACUUCUCCGGCAGCCAUCCCUACCUCCUCUGCUCCUGUCCAGGGCAACACAACUGAUCCAGUCCUUGGGAGGGGACAAGCAGAGGAGGAGGAAGAGGAGGAGGGAGGUGAUGAAGAAGGUGUCUCGCCCGUGGUGGUGGGGGUGUUGUGUGCUGUGGCACUGGUCAUUAUAGUGCUGACUGGUGCUGUGGUGUCACUCGCCUACUACACACACAGGAGGAAGAAGCAGGAGCAACAGCCAGACAUCGGGCCAGCUAGUCUUCACAGCAGUACACCAACUGAAGAGCCCAACGACUAUGAGGAGCAUGUGGACAUGGGUAGUCCAUCUGGGGCGACUGGGGCCAGAGCAUCAGUGAGCUCCAUCUACUGUCUUGCUGAAGGGCCAAGGAAGUGUCCCUCAGUGCCUUCCCUCUACGCCUCCACUGAUGCCAUCGCCACCACACAUCAGGACACACAACAACAGCAGCAGCAGCAGCAGCAGCAGCCCAUGGAGCAGGACAAUAACAACGCUCCCAUUUACUGCAAUGCACCACCGCCACAAGCCACUGCAAGAAGAAACUACACCCUCCACAGUGAAUAGCUAGAGAUACAGCCUACACAUCCGACACAAUGGGCUGUCAGAACGAAUCCAUUUGUGAUGCCGCAAGUAGAUGUCAUAAUAAACUAGCCACGCUUGAGAUGCUACACAAAUCUGACCACAAAUGGACUACAAAUGUGUUCACAUUGGGACCCAGGUUUGUGUCAGACCCGGGUCAUUUUUCCAGCGCCAGUCUCUGCAUGUCACAGUAUCGGUCUGUACCAUCCUCAA